AUGGAUGACGAUGGGGCGAGCGAAACAUAUCCAGAGAUUGACAGUGUGUCAGCCUCAGUAUUAAAAGCUGCUGGUGUGAAGAUGACCAUGUUGCCCAGCCUCACUAAGGAGGAUUUGCGAGACCUGUUUCCUGGACCAGAAAACUUUUUAAGAAGAAGACACAUUUGGCAACUUGUUCAUGGUGAUGUGGAGAGUCAGAAAUCCAAUUGCCCAGUCCUUGACACUUCUGGUAUUGACAGCCCACCUACACCUUUGCUUUCUUCCUCCUCUGACAGCAACAUCUGCUCUCCAACACCCUUCAAUUCUCCAAAACCUAAACAUAAAGAUUGUUCUGGUGCCACUAAAAAGGUGCGGCUCAUUAGUCCAGAGUAUGUCAUAUACACUGACACAGAACUAGAACUAGCAAGAAGUGCUUACUUCGAAAAGCAGCGUGCUGGACAAGACAAUGACUACACCAUGCCAAAAGACUUGCGCUGUAGACUCAUUAGGAAUACAGUUACAAGCAUGAUUGCUAUCAAAAGAGCGUCCGAGGAUGAUUUUAAGUACCCAGGCCCCCGUGAACUGACUGCCAUGGCUAAACGUCUAGUGGAAUACUACCCAAUGCUUCGAGACAAGUCUACGCCCAGUACACCUGAAUGGGAAAUGUUGAAGAAGCAGUUGUUGAAAAGGGUUCAGAAUGUGACAACUCCAAAAAAGAAGCAAGGAGCAACCCCAUCAAGAAAAGGACUCUCUUCACCUGCCUCAUCAGUCGCCUCGUCCUCUGCCUCCACUGUGAUCCUAGAGAAGUCAACUCCAUCUACUUCCCAAGAGGAUCUCUUGAGUGAGAGCCCACAGAGCCAAGCAAGACACUAUAAAACUCUACAGGAUAUGUACAAAACUAAGAACAAACCAAACAAGGAAGAUGUAUCUCAGCUGUUGGAACUGGAGUUCCAAUCUAGACGGGCUUUCAUUGACUCUGAUGUGAUGAAGGAACAGGACAGGCCUACGAAGAUACUGCAGGCUUAUCCAUGUUUUAAAGAACUUAGCCAUAUCAUCGAUGAACUUCACCGAAUCCUUGCAAGAGGAAACCCCUUCUUCACAAUGGAGCUGAAGAAACGUUGGCUGAGAUUUUUUAACCAGGCGCAGUUUUCUGGGGUGUUCAAAAAAUUCAUAGGGCCACCAUUGCAGGACCAAGUAAAGAAUGCACUUGCUGUCCUGAAAGUACUGCCUCAGAUGUUCCCUUCGCAUGUAGGUCUGCCGAAGAGGUUGGGACACCCAAGUGAUGCUUUGUUUCACAUUUUGACGUCAGCAGAGGACCCCAACACUUAUCUUCAAUCAAGACCCUUGGUCAGCCCUGUGGUGAUUGUCUGUGAGACAAACUGCAUCCUGGCCAUUGGAACGGUUCCUCUGCUUACUUUCCCCAAAGAAGACCUCAGUGAAAGUGUGAUAGCCAUCAGGAGCGAUCCGUUCUGUCGGAGUAAGCUGUCAGGUAAUAGUCGCUGGCAGAAGUCACCAGAGACCCUCGCCAACUCUGCAUCUCAAAUAAACGGCCCGCGAGGAGGCGGAGCGGAGUGGAGUGCUGCCGCCAACAAACAGCAAUGA